AUGACAAAGUCUGUCAGAGUAGGGGACUAUUAUGAUAAUGACGAUAACGGGUUAUGGUCAUGGUACCUUAAAAACAUUAGAUCAGGUGAUUUUGAAGAACUAACCCAAAAUGAAUUGAAAUUCACUCUAUUAAAAAGGUUUCUUUAUAAUAAAUUCAUUAAGGAUCGUGAGGAUGAUCCAGACAAUUCCACAGUUUCUAAAAAUUCAAAGAUUCUUUUCAUUUCAAUUCCUGAUAAUAUUCAUAGUGAUAUUUCACUACUAGAGACAUUUUUAAAAGAAUAUUUCCAUUUAGAAGAUUUAACCAAUAUUAAAAUUUUAAAAUUGACGCACGAUAAGACAUACCAUCAUGAGAAUCAUUACGUUUUGAUUGAUACAUUGAAUAAUUUCGAUGACCCGACUUUCUUAGAAUACUUAAAUCCAAAGGAUUAUAAAUAUAAUGAUAGCAUAUCUCCAAGCCAACAAAAUUUUUCAAAUAGUAAUAAUAGCUUUAAUAAGUCAGAUCAUCGAUCAAUACCCAGUGGCAUAAUAAAUUUCCCAAAUCCUAAUGUAAAUAUUGACUUAAAUGCAAAACAAAAUGAUGGUAGUCAUAGAAAUAAUAUGACUGCAACAAAGACAAUUACAAAUGAAGGUGAACGACUUUUGGAUACAGUGAGAACCAUAACAGGUGGAACCACCGAUCAUACCAUGACAUACACCCAUUCUGAAUCCGUCAGUUCAUCUCGCGAAUCAUCUGUUGAGUCAUCAUAUUCAUCAUCUUCAUAUAAUUCAUCAUCUGCAUCUUCUUCCAUAUCAUCCGCAUUAUAUUCAAGUUCAGUCGAUUCAAAUUCAGUAUCAAGAUCAAUCGAGUCAUCCACACGAUCUCUAGGAUCAGUGCCACAACCUUUGCAUACUUCUUCCAUGAAAACCAAAAUGAAAAAUGAAACACCAAGUACCCAAUCUCUAGAUAAUAAAAAAGAUAUAUCAAAUGACAGAAAUUCAUCACAUCGUAGCCAAAAUAGUAGUAUAAACAACAAUGAAAGUAUUAAUUCCAUAAAUAAAAUAGAAGAUAUGGAAGAUGCAACGGGCAGUAUUAUUGAAAUAAAUUUCCCAAGAACUAAACUUCACACUCAAAUGAGUGAAGAAGAACAUGAACCAGUAAAACAAUUAACUACAAGCCGUGUCUAUAAUCCUAGAGGUGACAAUACUGGAAUAUAUACUCCCCCUCAAUCUGAGAUUAUUUCAAUUAAUAGUUUUGCUGAUACAAGAUCCAAGAUUUUAGAAAUCGAUACAGAACCAUUACAUCAAGCGAGAUCAAGAUCUGAACUUUCUGUGUCAAUUAGAGAAGAUGAGGAGUCCAAUAAUUUCAAUCCAUAUGAAGAUGACCUCGAAUCCAAUGAUGUUGAAUCUAGGAUCGAUAGCUCUUCAGGUAGCUCAUUCCUUACAGUUUCUACACAGACCACAUCUGCAGAUUCAAUUUAUUCCAUUCUACCAUCUAUUUCAAUCAGAUCACCCCAAGGUCAUUUUAGACUUGUAUUACAAUCAAUGUUGACAUUGAAUGAGGACCGUCAAAUUUAUACUGCAAUUAGACAGUCUAAUAAUUUAUUGGAUGAUGCAGAUGUCAAUGAUGAUUGGAUUCUUUAUGAUCAAAAUUUUUCUAUGAAUAAUUUGAUAAUGUUGACCUUGAAAGAUUUAUUCGAAUGGGGCCAAAACCUUAAGAAAAUAUUAUUCUAUAGUAUGGUUUUCAUUGAUAAUACAGGUGUAACCGACGACAAGAAUUUAGAACCACCUAAUAAAGAUCAAAAUGUUAACAAUAGUUCAUUACAGGAACCUGAUAAUAGUGAUAUAGAGACUCCGCAGUUGUUAUUUGCGGAUGAUGCUGAAAGAGACCCAACUAUGCAUUUAGCUGAGCGUGUUCAAACAAAUAAUACUAUAGCACAUAGAUCUAUUAGAACGAUCAAUAGCAUUGGUGAAUGGGCUUUCAAGAAGAAAAGUAAUACUACAGAUAGAUAUAGUGGGUCAUAUGAUUCAUCUGAUUUUGAAAAUGAUCCACAAACAUUUUAUGGAGAAGGUGAUGUUCUUACAAAUACUAAUACAAGACAAAACACAAAAGAUAACGUUAUGGUUGACCAAAAUAAAUCAAAGAAGAAAAACACUAAAAACCUAAAGGAUCUUGAACGUGUUGCAAGAUGGAAGAGUGUACCAAAUAAGAGUGAUCCAAUGCAUAAUAUCGAAGGUGGUAAUUGGAAGAAAAACAUGAAGAGGUUUAGUAAAGGGAAGUCUCACAAUCAAAAGGACACUUUUUGUACUAUUAUGUGA